AUGACACAUCGGUUACGCACACUUCAUGAUGGUAUUAUGGUUGGUGUGGGUACUGCUCUUGUAGAUGAUCCUCAAUUGAACGCCAGAUAUGUUUCUUCUACCAUUCCUAUCACGCAACCACAACCCAUCAUUAUUGAUCCUUACUUGAAACUAUCGUCAACCUGUAAACUCAUCAAAAACUAUCAAAACAAUAUCGGUAAACAGGUCCUGCUCAUGGUCUCUAGCAGAGGCUGUAAUGAAAACCCCGAGAAGAAAAAGUUAUUGGAGGGUUUGGGUGUCAAGAUAAUCGAAAUAUCAACUCAUGAUGACCAUUUGCCAUUAACUUUAGUAUUGGAAGAAUUAAAGCAUCGAGGGAUCGAAUCUUUAAUGAUUGAGGGAGGUUCGAAAAUCAUUCAGUCUUGUCUCUCGUCUAAUUUAUUUGAUCGGCUGAUUAUUACCACUGCACCCAUGUUUAUUGGAUCGGAAGGUGUGCCGGCCAUCUCCAAAGCUCAGGACAUUAAGAGAUUAAAUAAUGUUAAAUACAUUACCUUGGGCAACGACAGUGUCAUGUCUGCAGAGUAA